AUGGCUUACACUGGCCGUUCACCGGUGCUCCCCGAUGAUAUGUGUUUACGUGGUAAUCCGUUUGAUAUAGGCCAUUUUUUAAGACUCUUCGAUGGCCGUAGACGCAACAAAAGAACAAUUUCGGCAUUUAAAUCGUUGAAAUCAAUACAGGGCACGUUUGUGAAAAAGGAUUCCGGAACGAUCGCACCUGCAAGGAUGCUCUUAUAUGGAGGCUGCUACCGGUACCUGCGCAGUUUGUCCGAGCCUAAAUUUACUGUCAAUGCAGCCUUCUUGCGACAAUUAGACAACCAUGGUGUAUUAAGGUAUAAUCAAGAUGAUAUAUUGGCGAAGAAUGCCGCUAUUUUGAAGCUUAUGUGCGGUAUAAAACGCACACCUGAACAGGUUGCGGCGUCGUUAAUUUGGCGCCGCUGCAUCAGUUUACCCUCGUUAGAACUCCGUACAAUGUUUUUUAAGUUUAUAUCGAGGUAUAUAGAAGCAAUGGAUAUGGAUGAUAUCCGUCAAUUAGGGCGUAUGCUGAAGAUAUUGGUAGACAGCCCGAAUGACGAUCUGCUGAGAUGCGCUUUAGCAGGCGUACCCAGUAAAUCAGAUAUUUUGGUGUCAAAAAGGGUGUUAAUGAAGUACUGGGAUUUCGUAUGGAAUUGCCAUCCAGCUAUGAUUGCCAACUGA